AUGUCCUCUUCUGCUGCCGCGGCGGCCCUCUUGGCCGACAAGCUGCAAAGCGCAGCGGCGCCUGCUGGCCACCAGAUCAUCCGCGAAGGUAACGGCGUGAUGGUCUUCCCCGAGCAGAAUCAGGUGUUCUACAACCCCGUUCAGGUCCUGAACCGCGACUUGAGCAUUGCAGUGAUCUCAGAGUUCGUCCGCUGUCGAGCACAAGAGCAACGGAACAAAGACGAGCGCAAGUCGUUGAUGGCCGCCGACCCAACGGCGACGUUUGAGCCCAAGGUGUACUCGGACGAAGAGAUUGAGACGUACUUGGCGGACACGGCCGAGACAAGAGGCAUUCGCAUCUUUGAGGCGCUGUCGGCUUCGGGCUUGCGGUCGAUUCGCUACUUUCAGCAGAUCCCGGGCGUGAAGUCGAUCCUCGUGAACGAUAUGGACCCCGCUGCUGUGAAGGUCAUCGAGCGCAACGUCACGCUAAAUGAACUGCCUUUGGAUCGAGUGAUGCCAAAUGAAGCAGAUGCUACAGACGUCAUGUACAACCACAGGAAGCCGGCCGACCAAUUUGACGUUAUUGAUUUGGAUCCGUACGGGUCUGCGUCCAUCUUCUUGGACGCCGCUGUCCAGAGCGUCUCGAAUGGAGGGCUGCUAUGUGUCACGUGCACGGACAUGCCAGUGCUUUCAGGCAAGCAGCCUGAGGUGUGUUUCUCGCGCUAUGGAGCACUGCCGAACAAAUCGCAGUACCUGCACGAGAUGGCGCUUCGCAUGGUGCUCCAGACGAUCGAGUCGUCAGCAAAUCGUUACGCGCGGCACAUUGUGCCGAUCGCGUCGUGCAGUAUCGACUUUUAUGUGCGCAUCUUCGUUCGCGUGUACAAGUCGCCGGUGAAUGUGAAAAAAGCAAUGACGAAGCUGUCGCACGUCUUUCAAUGUGUUCAGUGCGAGAGCUUCCACCUGCAGCCGCUUGGGGUGUCGAGUGGCAACAGCUACCACGCCUCGCGUGGCCCGAUCGUGGGAAAGCAGUGUGAUCAAUGCGACGGCAAGUUCAAGGUGGCAGGACCGAUUUGGUCGGCGCCGCUUCAUAGUCGCGAUAUCGUGCUGAAGAUCCGGGACCGCGUGGAGAAGAGCACAUCAGAAUUCCCGACAAAGUCUCGCUUGCACGGCCUGCUGACGACGCUGUCUGAGGAGCUCGUCGACGCCCCGCUCCACUAUACUCUCCCGGGUCUGAGCAAGGUUUUGCACUGCUCUAACCCUCGAAUGUCACAGAUCCAGGGUGCCAUUCGCCACGCUGGCUACAAAUCCUCGCAGUUCCACAAAGUUCCCGAGGCCAUCAAGACCAACGCGCCGAACGACGUCAUAUGGGACAUUAUGCGCUGCUGGGUCAAGAAACAUCCAGUGAACAAGAAGCGAGACGGCCAGGAUACUUCGGGCAGCCGGAUCCUAGCUAAGGAGCCCAAGCUCGAAGCUAAUUUCUCGUCCAAGCGCCUGGGGCCAAGCGAAAAGCCUAAGGCACUGCGUUUUCCAUUGAAUCCGGAGCCGAACUGGGGACCAAAGGCACGUGCUGUAGGCUACAAGGCGAACAGUGCAGUUGUUGCUGCGACUAACGGAGUCCAGGUACAGAUCUCGGAUGCGAAGAAGGUCAAAACGGAAUAG